UUCCGCUCCGUUUUCCGGCAGCACAGCGUGGUGGAGGUCAGAGAGAUGGUGUUCCACACAACCGGCGACCAAGAAUAACAUGUCCUUUAACUACAUCAUCAAAUAUUCUGCAUUUUAAUUAAACAAAAAGAUAAUUGGCGCUGUAUACAGUCACUGAAAGGUACUGUCGCCGCCGCUCGUAAGGAGUCUGCCUGCUUUACUCACACAGUUAGCUGUAGCUAAGGUUAGCAUUAGUGUCAGCUCUUCAGGUUAGUUUGGUUUGGUCAGUCAUCGUGAGGAUCAUGGAUAACAACGCUGCCGGAUCUGGCGCUUAUAAAGGAGGAUUUGGUGGCCUUUUUGGUGGAGGCUCUGAAUACUCAAACACAACGCUCUCUGGAGUACCACUGACUGGAAUGAACCCGAUCUCACCCUACCUCAAUGUUGACCCUCGCUACCUUGGGCAGGACACAGAUGAAUUUAUAUUGCCAACUGGUGCAAACAAAACACGUGGCCGCUUUGAACUGGCCUUCUUCACCAUUGGAGGAUCCUGCAUAACUGGUGCUACUUUUGGAACACUGAACGGGCUUCGUCUGGGCCUGAAGGAGACCAGAGAUAUGGCAUGGUCAAAACCCAGAAAUGUACAAAUAAUAAACAUAGUCACACGACAGGGAGCAUCAUGGGCUAACACAUUAGGAUCGAUAGCUCUGUUGUACAGCGCGUUUGGUGUGGCUAUAGAAAAGGCCAGAGGAGCAGAAGAUGAUAUUAACACAGUAGCUGCUGGGACGUUAACGGGAAUGAUGUUUAAAUGCACAGGUGGACUAAAAGGAGUUGCUCGAGGAGGCCUUGUUGGAUUAGCCAUGUCAGGAUUAUAUGCCCUCUACAACAACUGGGAUCACUUUAAAGGCACGGCUCCUAUACAUUACUAAAGAGGGUCUUGAGACCAAACCAUGGACAUUUUUAUUUAAAGCCUAUUCAAAUCCCUUGUUCCAUGUUCCACAACAAAAGUCUGAGAUUCUUGGACCACCAUAUUUAUUAUGGGCUUCACUGAAAGAGUACACUAUGUUUUAUGAGAUUUGUAAUCAAAAAAGCAAGAUUCAGCCAAGUCAAAGUUUAUGAAAUACUCGUAUAUGUAUCAUCCUAUCAGACUGUUGUACCACAGGUCAGCUCUGGGCUGACUGAAGCACCAUUACAAUGAAUUUAAUUUCUUGUUCCAAGGUUAAGAAUAUAUAUAUAU